AUGAUUCCAGGGACAGCGGCGCCCUCAAAGUCUCUUAGGGGUGGCGGCGCCUCCAGGGACCCUCCCAAGGAGGCGGUAUCCCCAGGGACCAACCUAGGGGUCACGGAGCCCCCUGGACCAUCAAAGGGGUUGCGCCCUCCCUUCAUAGACCCAUCCAAGGGGGCCCUCCUAGGAUCGGCUGCGCCCCCAGGGACCCUCCCAGGGGCGCUGAAUCUUCCAGAGACCCUUUCAAUGCCAGCGGCGCAGACCCCAGCACCCUCACAGGGGCUCUCCCCGCUCCGGCUGCACCCCAAGGGGCCCUCUGAAAGGAGUCUGCAUCCUAGGGCACUGUUAUGGAUGGUGGCAUCUCCAGCGGCACUCCCAGGGUCUGUGGCUCUGACAUGGAACCUCCCAGGGGUGGUUGCGCCACCAGGUACCAUCCCAGGGGCGGCGAAGUCCCCAGGGACUGUCCCGGGGAUGGCGGUGCUUCCAGUGACCCUCUCAGGAGCAGCGACGUCCCCAGGGACCCUCCCAGCGGCGACAGUGCCUCCAGGGGUUCUCUCAGGAGUGCCGGCAUCUUCAAGGGUCCUCCCUGGGUUGGUGGCGCUCCCAGAGGCCAUCGUGUGGGCGGCGUCGACCCCCACGGACCCUCCCAGGGGCGGUAGCGUACCCAGGGACCCUCCCAGUGGCGGUGAUGCCACCUGUGGUUCUCUUAGGGGUGCUGGCGGCCCAGGGACCCUCUCAGGGGUGGCAGGACUCACAGGGAUCCUCCCGCGGCCGUUGGCGCCCCCAGGGACCCUCCUAGUGGCGGUGGCGCCACCAGGGACCCUUCUAGUGGCGGUGGCGCCCCUAAGCGCCCUCUCAAAUGCGGCUGCACCUCCAGGGGCCCUUCCGUGGUUGGUGGGGCCACCAGGGGCCCUCCCAUGGGUGGUGACGCCCCCUGGGGCUCUCCCAGGGGUGGUGGCGUUCGCAGGGUCCCACUCACGGACGGAAGCGCCCCCAGGGGCCCUCCCACGGGUGGUGGCGCCACCAGGGCCCACUCAGGGGCGGCUGCACCUCCAGGGAUACUCCUAG